UGCCAUGUUUACGAAAGAAACGGUUUCAUAGAUAUGUAGGACAAGAGUUUGGUUAGAACAACUUUCUACUCUUGUGAUUUUAUAACAUAGUUGGCUGUUUCUUCAGUUGACGUAAAGACUUCAUUGAUGACGGAAACUUCUCAUGCGAUCCACAGGUUUAACAGGCUAUGCAUGGACCCUGUUGCCAUUUUGAAUCAUUGUGAUUAAGGAUUUUCAAGAUAAGAUUAAGAGAAUCAGAUAGAAAGGUGGACAGGUUUUGAAGUUGAAAUAUGGAAGUUAAAGUUGAGGUGCCCAUACCAGAAGAGCGCCGUGAUGUUGAAAAUGUUGAGAAGGUAAACAAAGAUGAGAAACUUGAGGCAGGAAAAGCUGAAGAUGAAGAUGACAAUGAUAAGAAAUCUACUGCUGAAGUAGAGACACCAAGUAUGGGAGAUAAAAAUGUUGCCAUAGCAACAGGUAGUCAAGGUACAAGCGGACGAAAAGCGAAGAAAAAAGCUGAUGCAAUGGUUGCACAUAUAUCUCGGGGAGCAAGUGGUUAUGAAAAAUUGUUACCUUGUGAAAGAUGUCAGAAAAUUUAUAGGUCAAGUAAUAUGGCGAGGCACAGAAAAUCUUGUUUUCCGUCACAAAAAAAGAAGAAACAUGCAGAUUUGAAGAAAGAGUCAAAUCAAGUCACACACAAUUCCGUGAAAGAAGUUGGAAACAAAACACUUGAAGAUUUGGAUAUGUUAAACAGUAGUGGUACUGAUAAUGAUGUAGAGUCUGAAAAUGAUGUAGAGUCUGAAAGUGAUGUCAGCAAACAAGAAAAUGAAAGUGAGGAUACCUCAUUCAAUAAUGAUUGUGAAUUAAUUGAACAAAACAAUACCCAUAACCCUAUAAAUUUAUCAGUCGGAGACAAAUUACAUGAAAAUGAAACUGGUAAAGAAGGCAACACUGAUAAUGCAAGAAAACAAAAUCAUGAGCUUAACAAGACACAGAGGGAAGAAGUCUGCUCAGGGCAAACCAUAGGUGGUAACAGUUCAGAAUGUGUGAAAGAAGGUGCUGACAAUAGUUUAGAAGAGAAAACAGUGUCACAUGCUAAAGAAAAACCAAAGAAAGUGAGACCAAAGAAUAAAGUGUGUGAGUUCUGUCAGAAGAGAUUCUCACGAGAGAAACAGCUGCAGAACCAUAUUCGUACACAUACAGAAGAAAAACCUAGUAGUUUAAAAGCUAAGACAGUGUCACAUACUAAAGCAAAACCAAAGAAAGUGAGACCAAAGAAUAAAGUGUGUGAGUUCUGUCAGAAGAAAUUCUCACGAGAGAAACAGCUGCAGGACCAUAUUCGUACACAUACAGGAGAAAAGCCUUUCCAGUGUGUAUUGUGUGGCGCUGUGUUUGGGUCAGAAAAAACACUCGAUCAACAUACGAAGGUACACACUGGUGUGAAACCAUACCAAUGUAAUGUGUGUGGACAUGCUAGUGCACAGUUGGGGAACCUUCAACGUCAUAUGAGAUGCCAUACAAACGAGAGGCCCUAUCUGUGUACCGAAUGUGGAUCUGCAUUUAAAGAGAAAAACCACCUUGAUGGACAUAUGAGAAUUCACACUGGAGAGAAACCCUAUGAAUGCAAGGAAUGCCAUCGUAGAUUUGCUGUUUCUAGUUCCCUCUAUUAUCAUAUGAAGACACAUUUAGAUAUUAAGCCUUUGUCAUGUGAGUAUUGUGACAAGACGUUUACCAGACGUACCUCACUGAAGGAACACAUGGGAAUACAUCUAGGUAUACAAAUACAGUGUGAAACGUGUGGCGCUACAUUCUCCCACAAGCGAUCUCUUGCCUCUCACAUGCUGAUACACAGCGAUCACAAACAUAAGUGCACUCAAUGUGGAAAAACAUUUACCAGGAAAACAAACCUGACGAGACACCUGGAUAUGCACAAGAGGAAUAAUCAAUAUUCCGGUAAAAAGGCCGUACUCUCAGACGAAGUCAUUUCAAAAUCGAAGGAUAUAUCUGCAUGUAUAAACACUCAACUGAAUCAUGAAACACACCAACAUAGAACUAUAGAACAUUUUCCAAACAGUAACUUGUACAGGCAUUCUGUAGAAUCUACUUUAUUUCCUGUAAAUUAUAACAUACAUGCAACACAUCUAAAUUACCAAAAUGCCCCGAGGUUUUUUGAACAGAAUACAUACACACCGGAGCCAUAUUUCAAUUCAUUUGUGACUGAAAGGUUGCAAAAUCAAGACGACUUCUAUAUUCAUAAAAGGCCUACAUUACCAGUUGAGUUACACUCGGAAAUGGGGAAAGUAGAUUUAAUGCAUCAAAGAAAUGUUAGUGAAUUGCGUGACAAUACUUGUAAGGAGAAUGUUGUCACCAGUCACAAUAAUCAUGAUAAGUUUAACAAAAAUUUAUCUCAUUUUGAAGUAAAUGCUAAUCUUGAUGUUGAAAACCUUUCUGAUAUAUUACGUGAACAGAGGGUUGUAUCUGACUCAGAUGUUUGCCAUACACAGUUCAAAGACAAAUCAAAUGAAGUUGGAAGUUUUGAGGAUAUGAAUGAGAGUGAAGAAGUUCUGAAUGCAGGAGACAUAGAAGGAAGUGAAGCAUCGGAGAAAGUAAUGAUUGAGGUAAUUGUGAAACAAGAACACAUGGAUGGUGAGGAUGAGAACAAUUUAGAAGAAGCGAAUGAGAUGAGUGACAUUGAUGGAGCAAUGACAAUAAAGAAGGAAGAACAUAAUGAGUACCACAAUGAAGAAUUGGAAGACUGUAGAGAGAAAGAACGAAUGAAAGAUCAAAUACCAAUUGAAAAUGAGUCAUUAAAAAAUGAGGUGGUAAAAGCCAAAGAAGAAAUGGAUGGGAAUUAUUCAGAUGACACAGUUAUAAUGGAAACAGGAGAUAUCGUUAAAAAAAUAAAGCAGAGUAAACAGAAUGAGAGGAAAUUUGCCUGUUUAUAUUGCCCCAAGAAGUUUCCAAAAUCUCUGAAACUGAAAGAUCAUCUUCGAACACAUACAGGAGAGCGACCGUAUCAGUGUGAGGUGUGUGGAGCUGCCUUUGCUACCAUACAUACCCUUAAAGUACACAAGAGGAUACAUACAGGGGUUAAACCCUACAGGUGUAAUUUGUGUGGUCAUGCCUUUUCUCAGCUUGGCAACCUACAAAGCCACCUGCGUUCACAUGGCGACAAUAGACCCUUCCUUUGUACUCAGUGUGGAUUUGCAUUUAAAGAAAAGUCACACCUUGUGGGCCACAUGUUCCUUCACACUGGUGAGAGACCUUUCGCAUGUACAAAAUGUGACAAACGAUUCCCAAAUAAGUCAACACUGAACACACACUUGAGGAUACAUUUAGGAAUAAAGCCUUUUGAAUGCAAAUACUGUGAAAAGCGUUUCCCUAGACCUCAUCAAUUAAGAGAACAUCUUAGAGCGCACACAGGGAACAAAAUAGUGUGCAAGGUGUGUAACCACGAGUUCACGCACAUGAGCUCCUACAAAACACACAUGAAAAUUCAUGUUGAAGGUGAGAGGUACCAGUGUAUGAAAUGCGGGAAAAAGUUCGGGAGAAAACGGAACCUCAAACGACACUUAGAAAUGAAAGCCAAACCUUGUUCACUAUAAUUGUUUAAAGGAUAUUUCUAAAACUUUUUUUGACAACUCCUGAUCGUUAUGAUGGGUUAUUUAGUCUUGGGCAAACCAGUUUGUAUGUUUUUCUGCUGCUAAUUUAAAUUUUUAAACUUGAA